AUGUUCUUUUUCCUGCUCAACCUGGCCCUCACUGACCUGGGCUGCAUCUGCACCACUGUCCCCAAAGCCAUGCACAAUUCCCUCUGGGACAUCAGGACCAUCUCCUACUCAGGAUGUGUUGCACAACUAUUGACUUUUGCUUUUUUCAUUUCAGCAGAAUAUUCCCUUCUGACUGUGAUGUGCUACGACCGCUACGUGUCCAUCUGCAAACCCCUGCACUACGGGACCCUCCUGGGCAGCAGAGCUUGUGCCCACAUGGCAGCAGCUGCCUGGGCCAUUGGCUUUCUCACUGCUCUGCUGCACACAGCCAAUACAUUUUCCCUGCCCCUGUGCCAGGGCAAUGCCCUGGGCCAGUUCUUCUGUGAAAUCCCCCAGAUCAUCAAGCUUUCCUGCUCACACUCCUACCUCAGGAAAUUUGGGGCUUCUGCUUUUACUACCUCCUUAGCACUUGGUUGUUUUGUAUUCAUUAUUUUCUCCUAUGUGCAGAUCUUUAGGGCCGUGCUGAGAAUCCCCUCUGAGCAGGGACGGCACAAAGCCUUUUCCACCUGCCUCCCUCACCUUGCUGUGGUCUCUCUGUUUAUCAGUGCUGGGUCAUUUGCCUUCCUGAAGCCCCCCUCCAUCUCUUCCCCAUCCCUGGAUCUAUCCCUGUCAGUUCUGUACUCAGUGGUGCCUCCAGCCCUGAAUCCCCUCAUCUACAGCCUGAGGAACCAGGAGCUUAAUGCUGCUGUGUGGAAACUGAUCACUGGAUGUUUUCAGAAAAAGUGA